GGCAAGGCCGGGCCGGCGAAAGAUGGCGUCCCCGUCGGUGCUCGGGCGAGUGUACUCGGUCUUCUUCCGCAGGACGUCCACCUUCGCGCUCACCAUCGCCGUGGGCGUGUUGUUCUUCGAGCGCGCCUUCGACCAGGGCGGCGACGCCAUCUACGACAGCAUCAACCACGGGAAGCUGUGGAAGCACAUCAAACACAAGUACGAGGAGGAGUAGCCGCUGCCGCCCGUCGUGAGCUCAGGCCCAGGGUCCCCAUCCUCGCUCCCGGGACAGCCGCUCUCGAGGAGAGAAGGCCCAGUCAGACGCUGCGCGGGACGCGGGCAUGGCAUCGUCACCUCGCUUCUGCUCCCUCUGUCCCGAGAACCUGCAAAUAAAUAGGAUGUGAAUUAUCUGUGA